GCACGUCUUUUGCGAUCGCCGCCGCUUGCUCACGACUGCCGCUCGAUAUCACGACCACGACCACGCGCGACAGGCACUGCCACCCCGAUUUUUUUACCAAAGACGACACGAUACCACUUGUCGCGCGCACUGCGACAGCUUCCUUCGUUCAUCUUGACCGAUGGACCUAACGUUACGCAAUUUAUGCAUCUGAUUGUCUCGAUUGUCACUCUGUGGACAUCUGCGAUAACAACCGCGCAUCACGCCGUCCGCUCGAGUCGAACGACAUCGCGAGACCCAAUUGUUGCGACUCGCGAGUGCAGGGCCGCCGCGACAAUCCCCUCCAGCACCGCCCUUGACACCAUAAUUUGAGCAACGUAUGAGAUAGCGCGAACGAUUGAGCGUCGAUAUCCACGUGGGUGGGUAAUCGACGAACCGACCAGAGAUGAUGGGCAGUAUGCAACCCGGGCAAUUCCAUCCAGGAAUGCAACAACACGUCCAUCCCGGGCACCCAAUGGCCCCGGGUAUGGCUCACAAUCCAAGUCAGCCAGGAGCUCAGCCGGGCAUGCCACCCCAAAUGGGCCACAUGGUGUCUGGACCUGGAGGACAAUUCAAUCCAGCCGUUAUGGCUAUGCAGGGCGGUAAUCCUCAAGCGCACGCGAUGCAGCAUCUCAACCCCCAACAAUUUUCUAUGACACCACAACAACAGAUGGCCAUGAGUGCCAACCCCGCGAUGAUGGCGCAAAUACGACAACAACAGCUCCAGCAGCAACAGCAGCAGCAGCAGCAUCAGCAGAGACAGGCGCUGAUGGCACAGCAGGGCAUGUAUGUUCCAAAUGGUAUGCCAAUGGGCGCUGGGGGUAUGGGUGGGAUGAAUGCAGCGCAGUUCGCGGCUAUGAGAAGUAACCCCCAAAUGAUGAGACAAGUCGGUCUACCCCAGCAUCUCCAGCAGGGGCAUCUUGCUCAUCAAGGACAGCAAUCCAUAACGCCGCAGCAGGCUCAGAUCAUGCAACUCAUGGCUCAACAGCAGGCUGCGAACAACCAACAUGGUAACCAGUCUGGGCAUCCACAACUCACGCCACAGCAGAUGCAACAAAUGCAACAUGCGCAACAGGCCCAUAUGGCUGCGUCUAUGCAAGCGCAAGCGCAGCAGGCACAAGCCCAGGCUCAGCACGCCCAGGCAGCACAAGCCCAUAAUCAACAAGCUCAGCAGCAACAACAGCAGCAGCAACCGCAACAGCAGCAGCAGGCUCAGCAACAGGCUCAGCAACAGGCUCAGCAGCAGGCUCAACAGCAGGCUCAGCAGCAGGCUCAGCAGCAGGCUCAGCAGCAGGCCCAGCAACAGCAACAACAGCAACAACAACAACAAAACCAGGCGCAACCAGGUCAACCCCAGCCUCAACCCCAACAAGGCUCUCAACAGGCCCAGCCGACCACACAAGCUCCUCAACGAGCGCCUACGCCCGCUGGCACUCAACCCAACCAACCACCAAACCAGCCUCAAAACCCCGCGCAGCCAGUCCAACCUGGACAGCAAGGACAAGGACAGGCUGGCCAGCAGCAGCAGCAUGCGCAGCAGGCCCAAUCUCAACAGCCGAAUCCACAGCUCUUGCAGGCAGUAUCGCAGCAGCACAUGGCGAACAGCAUCCAACAAAUGCAACAACAGCAACGGCAAAUGCAGCAGAAUGCUGAGGAUAUCAAGGGUCAAUGCAUACUGAAACUCGAUCAGUUCAAGGCUCACCUGAGUUCUUUCCCGGCACAUAACACGAGGGAUGACUUUCCAUACUGGCAGGAAUUUGUACAAAUGUUCUUCGCCCCAGUAGGAGUAUUCCGCUACUCUUUGCUCAUCAAAGAUAGCAAUGGCGAACAGACAGACAAGCAGUACGAGAUGCCGUACGCUGCGUUGCCGAGAUUUCUUCAUUCCGUAUUCUUGAGUGGGUGCGAACGGUUGCAGCUGGUCGCGGACCACAAUAUGGACAAGCAUCUACCCAGUGGCCACUUCAUUGAAAACAACAAAUCCAGCAUGGUAUAUUGGUACCCUGGCUCUCAUGUGGUGCAAGAGGGACGCUUGAAGGCCCUCUUUGACAAUGAGCAAAGACUCGAGCUGCUUGAGUUUGUCACGACGAACCACACUGAGUAUAUCGAAAGGGGUAUGGCCGUCCAGGCAGCCAAACCAUUCCAUAACUGGGUGAAGGAGUGGCACAAGCUAAAUUUCCCAGACCCGAAAGGGUCGCCGGAGAUGCAAAAGAAGGGCAAGACUAAACAGAUGAAGUCGCCCAAUACUGCGCCACCGGAUUACGACCUUCCUGAAUCGUCCAUCAAGGCUUCCAUGGGUGUUACCGGACAGGUGUUUCAGUUCCUGGAGAUUGUCGAGGUCAUGAGCACAAUGGCGCCACUUGUCAACUAUUGGCAAGUAAACCAGCAAAACAACUCCGGGAUUUCAGCGUAUGGCGCGCUAAACCAGUACGUGACGAGCGUCAUUGACGGUUCUGGGCCGCAACCCGUGAUGAAUGGCCAGCAAGCAGGCAAUGCCCCAGCUAACCCGCGGACACCGAGCUUCGGGCAGUUCCCAAUGGGCACCUCUCCGGCGGCUGCACACCUCCAGCUACCAGGCUCACCACAUAUCGGCAGCCCGGCCCAAGCCCACAUGCAGGCUCCUGGGAUGGCUCUGCAACAAAGCCAUCAGGGCACAAGUUCUAGUGGGCCCAGCGCAAACACGAGCCCGGCAAGCAACAAGCGCCGACGUCCGUCUGGCGUUAAGGCUGAGGACGACAGCAGUGCACCCACGCCUGCGAGUAUGAGUGGAGCGCAGGUUAAUGGUGUCGCCAACAUGGGCAAGACGAAACCGCCAACGCCAAGGAUGCAGAAGCGCCAAAAGGGUAACCCUGCUUAGUAGGCACCUCGCUCAUAUUAUGCGGUUUAUGAGGGCCAGCCA